CACAUUUAAAAAAAAAUCUCUAUUUGCUAAUUAAUUCUUUAUUUUUUUCAUAAUAGCAGAAAGUUCAUUGCUUGCUUUAAGCUAAGCCAGAAGACAGAAUGGUAUGUUGUGCAGAAUGCAUAAUUUAACAGCCAGCACCAUGUAUAUUUCCAAAUUGACUAAUGGAAAAUUUUAAGAGCAAUGCUAAGUCAACAUCAAAAAAUUACCAAUAGAGUGGGUAAAACAAACCACUUUAUGGAAUGAUAGGCAGGCCUCAUAAGAGUACUACCGUAGGAUUCUUUCUUGUAAUCCUUCUGGUCGCUGCAAUAACAGUUCAAUGGAUGGAUAUGUCUAUUCUAUCAGGAACACUGCAAAAAGAUUCUAACAAAAUAUUCCCUAAGAUAUCAUGCUCAACUAAAUGCCCACGAGGUCUACUUGUCCAAAAUACUGAACAUAGAUCAGAGGCUAAAGAAUGCCCUGACUACUUCAGGUGGAUCCAUGAAGACUUACGGCCAUGGAAAGUGACAGGAGUUACGAGGGAAAUGAUAGAAAGAGCACAAGAAGUAGCACAUAUCAGAGUGAUUAUAUUGAAUGGAAUCAUGUAUGUGGAGAAGUAUAAGCAAGCUUUCCAGACUAGGGACAUGGUCACAUUAUGGGGCAUUCAACAACUUCUUGCAUUGUAUCCUGGUCGAAUCCCAGAUUUAGAUAUGAUGUUUGAGUGUGGUGACAAGCCUGUAAUAAAGAAGCAGGCCCACAACAUAUCCAAGCACGGUUCCGCUCCCCCACCGUUGUUUCAUUAUUGUAGUGAUGACUCGAGCUAUGACAUUGUGUUUCCCGAUUGGUCCUUCUGGGGUUGGCCAGAACUCAAAAUAAAGCCUUGGGAAAUCUUGAAGAAAGAGUUGCAAGAAAGCAAUGAGGAGACAAAGUGGGAGGAUAGAGAACCUUAUGCAUAUUGGAAAGGGAAUACAAAACUAGGCAUUGCAAGGAGGGACCUUGUCAAAUGCAAUGCCUCUACUAAGCAAGAUUAUAAUGCCAGAAUCUAUGAUAUGGACUGGCAUCAUGAGAAAACCCAGGGAUUCAACACCUCAGAUUUAGUGAAACAAUGCACUUAUAGGUAUAAAAUUUAUGUUGAAGGUGUUUCAUGGUCAGUUAGUGAGAAGUAUAUUCUGGCAUGCGACUCCAUGAGUUUGAUCAUAAACCCU